UUGCCGGUUCUCUUGCUCGCCGACUUGCGACCGCGACGCCGUCCGCCCGCACAGCUGCUGGCUCGGCCCCCCGCCAUCUUCUCCGACCAUCGUCUCCCAGCCGCUUCGCUGCUCCUCGACCUCGACCUCGACCUCAACCUCUACCACACCUCAACCCCUUCUCUGGUCGGCAGCAAACAUUACCCAUCACCACUCGUCGCUGCCGCACCUUCCACCAAGAGACCAGUAGCCGACUCCGCCAAUUCCGCGACCGCAACUCCCGCUCGCUUCGCAACGCCGCCUCCCCCCUCAGAUCGAGGUCACCUUGAGAGCCGCCAACAUUUAGAAAAUGCGAAUCAACGGAAGUUGCAACAUGCAAGGCGACCCAGCGAACCAUCUCGCGCCAGCACCUUCGACGCCGAUGCCGUUGAUCAUGCCUUGCUUCGAGAGAUCCACCACCGAUCUCAACGGGAGAGCACGCCUGGCGCCAGCCCGCACAGGAAGCGCCAGAGGAUAAAUGGUGACAGGUUUAUUCCCACACGUUCUGGCCAAGAUCUCCAAGCAAGUUUUAGUCUACUGCACGAGGAUGGCUCGCCAGCGACGCCGUCGAAGCAAAAGAAGCGCACCCCGCAUGGCGAGCUUCACUUUCAAAAGACCGAGGAAGCAAAUCGCACGUUCUCGACGUUGCUUCGUGCCGAGCUAUUUGAAGGCUCAAUACCCCAGGCGACACCGCCUACCCUCUCCCCAGAGCACUCUCUCUCCACCGCUUCGCAUUCUGUCAGUGCUCAUAAUGAUACGAGGUCACGCACGCCUCCAAACAAUCCUUCUGCCCCUUCUCUCCCGUCAACUCUGACGCCGUCAACUCCCCACAAGAACCUGUUCUCGUACAUGUCGCCGCGGCAACUAAGCAAUGCGGGCCAUCUCACGCCGUCAAGAACGCCACAGAGCCGCCACGGCCCAAACCUGGACACCCGCUCCGAGAUCUACAGCCUCUCUCCGGUACGCUUCAACAGCCAACAAAUGCUGCUGAGUCCACGGCGACAGCCUCGUGCGGUCAGCAAAGUGCCCUACAAGGUUCUGGAUGCUCCGGACUUGGCAGACGACUUCUAUCUCAAUCUGGUGGACUGGGGUAGUGCCAACGUGCUUGGAGUUGGCCUUGGGUCUAGCGUCUACAUGUGGAAUGCACAGACAAGUCGAGUCAACAAGCUGUGCACGCUCGAGGACGACACUGUGACCAGCGUGUCAUGGAUCCAGAAGGGAACGCAUAUCGCCAUCGGCACCGGCAAGGGCUUGGUUCAGAUCUGGGAUGCCGAGAAGACGAGACGACUGAGGACAAUGACGGGCCACACCGCAAGAGUGGGCUCAUUGGCGUGGAACACCCACAUAUUGACCUCGGGGUCACGGGACCGUCUCAUCUACCACCGAGACGUCCGCGCCCCUGAUCAGUGGUUGCGGAAGCUCGUAGGCCACAAACAGGAGGUCUGUGGUCUGAGGUGGAAUUGUGAGGAUGGACAAUUGGCCAGCGGUGGUAACGACAACAAAUUGAUGGUCUGGGAUAAGCUUUCAGAUACGCCGCUCUGGAAGUUCUCAGAUCAUACUGCCGCGGUCAAGGCAAUUGCCUGGUCGCCACAUCAAAGAGGGCUUUUGGCUUCAGGCGGCGGAACGGCCGACCGCAGGAUCAUCUUUCACGACACCCUGCGCGGCUCGGUCAUCAACGAGGUUGACACGGGGAGCCAAGUCUGCAACAUCGCCUGGUCCAAAAACUCCAACGAAAUUGUAUCGACUCAUGGGUAUAGCCAGAACCAGAUUGUCGUGUGGAAAUACCCGUCCAUGACGCAAGUAGUCAGCCUAACUGGUCACACCUAUCGCGUGUUGUACCUGGCUAUGAGCCCGGACGGGCGAGUCGUCGUGACUGGCGCCGGCGAUGAAACACUCAGGUUCUGGAACGUCUUUGGCCGACGCCCGGGGGCCCGCGAGGAUAGCGAUGGAGGACGACUUGCCGACUGGGGUAUCAUCCGGUAG